AUGAGGACAACCAAUAACCUGCUUGGUCACUUCAAGAAAGGGUACGGGCGAAGGAAUGGUACUCCAAUCGAUCGAGAGAGAGCUAUUGAGCAAAACCAGUACAUAGGGCGUGCUCUGAACCACGUGGUUUAUGUCACAUGCGUUUUGGACGGCGUGGAAUCUCUGUGGCAGUACCUUGAGGCUAUGGCCAUAGAAAUCCCACCAUCGGCCAAAACCGAACAGGUGAUCCAAAGCACCAAUAACAUAUUGGAGGCGAUUCGGUUCCUACGGCAGGAGGUCAAAAGUAUGAGAGCGGCAUUGCGCGAAAACGAGGCUCGCGUCCGGGACCAGGCGUUACUCUUAUCAUCCCACCUCUCCCAAACAGACUCAGAGACCAACAUCGAAAUCGCCCAUGCAAGCCGUGACUUCGCAGCAGCUGCUCAGCGGGAUAGCUCAGCUAUGAAGAGUAUCGCCAUCCUGACCAUGUCCUCCCUCUCAGGCAUGUUCUUCGCCGCGCUCUUUGCGAUGCCUUAUUUUGGCAGCUGGGAUCAACCUCGGCAUUUUGUACUGUACUGGGCAUGUACCAUCCCGACUACCAUUCUCACGUUUGCUAUCUGGGCUGCCCUUACUCAGCGAUCGGUCGUGGUGAGGUGGAUGAAGAUGCUUUGCUCAAACUGGCCUUGGGGAUUUUGGCAAGGGAGACGAAGGAAAGGCUGUGUGUUCGAGGGAAAUGAAGAAAAGGGGGAAAAGGUGGUUUGA